CUUCGGUGUAAGGGUAACCAGAGGCGAGACAGUUCUGGGGCGGGCUGCGACGCCGCAGCCUUUGCUGAUUGGUCGUUGUGGGACCGAGGAAGAUACCGUUAUUUUAAGAGGUGGGGCCAGGCUCGCAACAGAUGAGACACAGAGCGAACCUCCAGGAGCAACGACGAGUGCCAGCUAGAGGGGCGCCUGAGAGAAGGCGGAAGCGCGUGACUUCCGGUCUCGGCCGCCAUCUUGCUGUGAGACAGCAGGAGAGGACCCGGUCCCAGCGAUGUUGUCCACAUUCUCGUACUCGGGUCCCGGCAGAGAGCUGGGGAUGGAGCCGUACAGCGCCGCUGGCCCUUUGCAGCAACGCUUUUCGCCCUACGCGUUCAACGGAGGUACUGUAUUGGCAAUUGCUGGAGAAGAUUUUUCAAUUGUUGCUUCUGACACUCGAUUGAGCGAGGGCUUUUCCAUUCACACCCGGGACAGUCCCAAAUGUUAUAAAUUAACAGACAAAACAGUCAUUGGAUGCAGCGGUUUUCAUGGAGACUGCCUUACCCUGACAAAGAUUAUUGAAGCAAGACUAAAGAUGUACAAGCAUUCCAAUAAUAAGGCCAUGACAACAGGAGCAAUUGCUGCGAUGCUGUCUACAAUCCUAUACUCCAGGCGCUUCUUUCCAUACUACGUUUACAACAUCAUCGGGGGACUCGAUGAAGAAGGGAAGGGAGCUGUGUACAGCUUCGAUCCAGUGGGCUCCUACCAGAGAGACUCCUUCAAGGCUGGAGGCUCAGCAAGUGCCAUGCUGCAGCCCUUGCUUGACAACCAGGUUGGUUUCAAGAACAUGCAGAACGUGGAACAUGUUCCACUCUCUUUGGACAGAGCCAUGCGGCUGGUGAAAGAUGUCUUCAUUUCUGCAGCUGAGAGGGAUGUAUACACCGGGGAUGCCCUCAGGAUCUGCAUUGUGACCAAAGAGGGCAUCAAAGAGGAGACUGUUCCCCUGAGGAAGGACUGAUCUGUGGGCUGUACCUUGGAGUGUCAAGCGAGUUGGUUUGAUUAAAAAAGAAAAGUGAAUUA